AUGUCCGAAGCGGAGCAUUUGGCCACUGCUGAAUGCAAUGAUAAUGACUCCAAAAAGCUGCCAGAGGCGAGAAAGCACGACAGCGGGGCAGCGGACCUUGAGAAAGUGACAGAGUACGUCGAAGAGAAGGAGCUGUCAGCGCACGUUCAUACCGCAGUCAGCAGUAUCUUGGGCACGCAGAAAUCAAAAGAAAAGCAGUCCCACACUGUACCUGACUCAAAUAAGUUUACGAUUCGCCGCGAAGAUAUCGAACUGAUCAUGAACGAAAUGGAGGUGACCAGGCAAGUCGCGGAAAGAAAGCUGAGAGACCACAAAGGCGAUGCUAAAGCCGUGCUGGUCGAAAUGCUUACUGUGUAA